AUGGCAGAAGGCGGAGAGGGAGAGGAGGAGAUUCAGUUCCUGCGCACAGAUGACCAGGUAGUGCUGCAGUGCACCGCGACCAUUCUGAAGGAGCAGAUCAAGCUGUGUCUGUCCUGCGAGGGUUUCGGGAACCGCCUCGCCUUCCUGGAGGCCACGUCAAAUGCCCAGAAUGUGCCUCCAGAUCUGGCGAUCUGCUGCUUCAUCUUGGAGCAGUCCCUCUCGGUGCGAGCCCUGCAGGAGAUGCUGGCCAACACGGCGAGGAAUGAGUCAUCUCAGGGAGGGGGCCACCGAACCCUGCUCUAUGGCCAUGCCAUCUUGCUGAGACACACACAUUCUGGCAUGUACCUCAGUUGUUUGACCACAUCUCGGUCUCUGACUGAUAAACUGGCCUUUGACGUGGGACUGCAGGAGGAUUCCACAGGAGAGGCGUGUUGGUGGACCAUUCACCCAGCCUCCAAACAGAGGUCAGAAGGAGAGAAGGUCAGGGUCGGAGAUGACCUCAUCCUGGUUAGCGUGUCCUCCGAGAGAUACCUGCAUCUCUCUUAUGCCAGUGGGGACCUGAUGGUGGAUGCUUCAUUCAUGCAGACGCUUUGGAACAUGAAUCCUGUUUGCUCGGGAUGCGAGUUAGCUGAGGGGUAUCUGACUGGAGGCCACGUUCUCAGACUGUUCCAUGGUCACAUGGAUGAGUGUUUGGCCAUCCCUGCAGCUGAGCAAGGAGAUGACCAACGCAGGAAUGCUCACUAUGAAGGAGGUGCGGUGUGCAGCCACGCCCGGUCUCUGUGGAGAUUAGAGCCCCUACGCAUCAGCUGGAGUGGGAGUCACGUGAAGUGGGGUAUGCCUUUUCGAGUGCGUCACAUCACUACGGGCCGGUACCUGUGUCUGGACGAGGAAAAGGGGCUCCUUGUGGUGGACCCCGAGAAAGCCAACACCAAGAUGUCUGCCUUCUGCUUCAGGGCCUCCAAGGAGAAGAUUGAGGUUGCUCAGAAGCGAGAUGUGGAGGGAAUGGGCACUCCAGAAAUUAAGUAUGGAGAGUCCAUGUGCUUCAUGCAGCAUGUGUCCACAGGGCUGUGGCUCACCUACGCCUCCGUGGACGCCAAGUCUGCCCGCCUGGGGCCGCUCAAAAGGAAGGCCAUCUUGCACCAAGAGGGUCACAUGGACGACGCCUUGACCGUGGCCCGAUCUCAGACCGAGGAGUCUCAGGCUGCGCGUGUGAUCUACAGCACUGCCGGCCUCUUCACGCAGUUCAUCAAGGGUUUGGACUCCCUGGGUGGGAAGAACAAGGGACCCGCUCCACCAUCCCUUCCCAUCGAUGCAGUGGUGCUCUCCCUGCAGGACCUCAUCUUCUACUUCCGUCCCCCUGAGGAGGAGCUGGAGCAUGAGGAGAAGCAGACCAAGCUGCGUUCGCUGAAGAACCGACAGAACCUCUUCCAAAAGGAGGGCAUUAUCACCCUUGUACUCAACUGUAUCGAUCGCCUCAAUGUCUACAAUACAGCCGCCCACUUCUCAGAGUUUGUUGGGGAAGAGGCAGCCGAGUCCUGGAAGGAGAUCGUCAACCUGCUGUAUGAGCUGCUCGCUUCUCUCAUUCGAGGAAACCGCGCCAACUGUGCCCUGUUUUGUGAUAAUCUGGACUGGCUAGUUAGCAAACUAGACCGACUAGAAGCCUCCUCAGGCAUUUUGGAGGUGUUGUACUGCGUUUUGAUUGAAAGCCCUGAGGUUCUCAACAUUAUUCAAGAGAACCACAUAAAGUCCAUCAUCUCCCUUUUGGACAAGCAUGGGCGCAAUCACAAGGUGCUUGAUGUGCUCUGCUCUUUGUGUGUGUGUAACGGCGUAGCUGUGAGAUCCAAUCAGAACCUCAUCACAGAGAAUCUCUUUCCGGGACGUGAGCUCCUGCUGCAGACCAACAUCAUCAACUAUGUCACGAGCAUGAGGCCCAACAUCUUCUUGGGCACAUGUGAAGGGUCGACGCAGUAUAAGAAAUGGUAUUAUGAAGUGGUGGUGGACCACGUCGAGCCUUUCCUCACACCUCAGACAGUUCACCUGCGUGUGGGCUGGGCUCUCACAGAAGGGUACAGCCCCUACCCCGGAGGAGGAGAGGGCUGGGGAGGCAAUGGCGUAGGGGACGAUCUUUACUCCUAUGGCUUUGAUGGGCUACAUCUCUGGUCAGGGCGUGUGCUGAGACACGUGGCUUCACCCAAUCAGCAUAUCCUGGCAGCAGAUGACGUGGUGAGCUGCUGCCUGGAUCUCAGUGUACCCAGCAUCUCCUUCCGCAUCAACGGGCACCCAGUACAGGGCAUGUUCGAGAACUUCAACCUGGAUGGGCUCUUCUUUCCUGUCGUCAGCUUUUCGGCAGGCAUCAAGUUGCGCUUCCUUCUGGGUGGGCGGCACGGAGACUUCAAAUUCCUGCCACCGCCUGGCUACGCCCCUUGUUACGAGGCUGUCCUGCCGAAGGAGAGGCUGCGCAUCGAACCCAUUAAGGAGUACAAGCAGGACUUCAAUGGCAUCCGCAACCUGCUGGGGCCCACACAAUCGCUCUCCCACACGGCCUUCACACCCUGUCCUGUGGACACUGUACAGAUCGUACUGCCCCCUCACCUGGAGCGCAUCCGGGAGAAGCUGGCGGAGAACAGCCAUGAACUGUGGGCCGUCACCCGUAUUGAGCAGGGCUGGACGUAUGGACCGAUCCGAGAUGACAACAAGAAGCUGCACCCCUGCUUGGUGGACUUCCAUAGCCUCCCUGACCCAGAGAAGAACUACAACCUGCAGAUGUCUGGAGAAACUCUUAAGACUCUGCUGGCCUUGGGCUGCCAUGUGGGCAUGGGGGAUGAGAAGGCUGAGGAGAACCUGAAGAGGAUCAAGCUUCCUAAAACCUAUAUGAUGAGCAAUGGCUACAAGCCUGCUCCACUGGACCUAAACCACGUGAAGUUGACACCCAACCAGAACACCCUGGUGGAGAGGCUGGCAGAGAACGGGCACAACGUGUGGGCACGGGACCGGGUGCGCCAGGGCUGGACUUACAGUAUUGUACAGGACAUUGCCAACAAACGCAACCCACGCCUUGUGCCUUACAACCUGCUGGACGAGAAGACCAAGAAAACCAACAGGGAUACAGUAUGUGCUGCUGUGCGCACGCUCAUCGGCUAUGGGUACAACAUAGAGCCACCUGACCAGGAGAGCAGUGAGUCUUUCAGUCUGUUUGCAUCAGACAAGAUACGAGUGUUCCGUGCCGAGAAGACCUACGCUGUCACCCAGGGGAAGUGGUACUUUGAGUUUGAGGCGGUGACGGUGGGGGAGAUGAGGGUUGGCUGGGCUCGUCCCAAUGUCAGGGCUGACGCAGAGCUGGGCAUUGAUGACUUGGCUUAUGUCUUCAACGGUUUCAAAGCGCAGCGCUGGCAUGUUGGCAGCGAACCCUUUGGCCGAAGUUGGCAGCCAGGCGAUGUAGUGGGUUGUAUGAUCGAUCUGACCGAGCAGAACAUCAUGUUCACGCUCAAUGGAGAGAUGCUGAUCAGUGACCUGGGCUCAGAGAUGGCCUUCAAGGACAUUGAGAUUGGGGAGGGCUUCGUUCCAGUGUGCAGUUUGGGCCUUUCUCAGGUAGGCCGUAUCAACCUGGGACAGAACGUCAGUAGCCUUCGAUACUUCACCAUUUGUGGCCUGCAGGAAGGCUUUGAGCCUUUUGCCAUCAACAUGAAGAGAGACAUCACCAUGUGGUUCAGCAAGAGCCUCCCCCAGUUCAUCCCCGUGCCUCCCGAUCACCAACAUAUAGAGGUAUCUCGUGUGGAUGGGACAGUGGACAGCGCCCCCUGUCUGAAACUGACCCACAAGACCUACGGAUCUCAGAAUGCCAACACAGACCUCCUGUUCCUGAGGCUCAGCAUGCCUGUGCAGUUUCACGAGAACUUCAAGGUGCCGGCCGGGACCACGCUGCUCACCCGUGCCCUUACGAUCCCGGAAGACGAGGUGCUGGAGGUGGACCCCAACUCAGACUUCGAGAUGCUCAGAAAGUCGGCUACCCGGAAGGAGCUGGAGGAGAAAGAGAAGGAGACCUCUGUCCCAAAGGAGAUCCCAGGCCUUAAAGGGGGAGAGAAUGAAAAAGAUGCCUCUACUGAGAAAAGCAAGAAGAGAGGGUUCCUCUUCAAGGCCAAGAAGGCGGCUUUCAUCACCCCUCCCCCUGUGGUUCCCACCAUUCCCCGCCUGGUGGAGGAUGUUGUCCCAGAUGACAGAGAUGACAUGGACAUCAUUCUCAACACCACCACGUACUAUUACGCAGUGCGUGUCUUCGCGGGGCAGGAGCCCAGUGGCGUGUGGGUAGGCUGGGUCACACCCGACUACCACCAGUAUGAUCUUCAUUUUGACCUGUCCAAAGUGCGCAGUGUCACGGUCACGGUUGGGGAUGACAAGGGGAACAUCCACGACAGCAUAAAGCGCAGUAACUGCUACAUGGUCUGGGGAGGAGAGUUUAGCAACAGUUCCCAGCAAACCAGAAUAACUCAGGAGGAUCUUCUCAUCGGGUGCCUCCUGGAUCUGGAUACAGGUCUCAUGACUUUCACAGCCAAUGGGAAAGAAGUCAACACGUUCUAUCAGGUGGAGCCCAACACCAAACUGUUCCCCGCUGUGUUUGUUCUGCCCUCCUCACAGAAUGUGCUGCAAGUGGAAUUGGGCAAACUGAAGAACAUCAUGCCCAUCUCAGCAGCAAUGUUCCACAGCGAGCGCAGGAACCCAGUCCCGCAGUGCCCUCCUCGCCUGGAUGUCCAGAUACUAACUCCGGUGAUCUGGAGCCGAAUGCCCAACCACUUUCUGGCACCGAAUACAACCAGAGUGAGCGAACGGCAUGGCUGGGUGGUGGAGUGCAGUGAGCCUCUCACCAUGAUGGCGCUCCACAUCCCAGAGGAGAACAGGUGUAUUGAUAUUCUGGAGCUGUCUGAGCGCCUGGACAUGCUGAAGUUUCACUACCACACACUCAAGCUGUACUGUGCGGUGUGUGCCCUUGGGAACAAUCGGGUGGCACAUGCACUCUGCAGCUACGUGGACGAAUCGCAGCUCUUCUACGCCAUAGAGAAUACCUACCUGCCCGGGCCCAUGCGGAGCGGCUACUAUGACCUCCUUAUCAGCAUGCACCUGGAGUCUGCAAAGCGCGCCCGCCUCAUGACCAACAAAGAGUUCAUCGUGCCCAUGACGGAUGAGACGCGCACCAUCACCCUCUACUCAGAUGCUGAGAAGGCUCACGCUCUGCCAGGUGUGGGUCUUACCACAUGUCUGCGUCCCAAGCUACACUUCUCCCCAACGGGCUUUGUGGGCACUAACUUGGACCUCUACACCCUCAGCCCCAUUAUUCCCCUAGAGAUCUUGAAGACUAAGGCACUCAACAUGUUGACGGAAGCUGUUCAGGACGGAGGCCAAGCCAUGCGUGAUCCUGUAGGUGGCAGUGUCGAGUUCCACUUUGUACCCAUCCUCAAGCUCAUCAGUACACUGCUGAUCAUGGGCGUCUUCGAUGACGAAGAUGUCAAACACAUCCUCAAGAUGAUCGAACCAAAUGUCUUCUCUGGAGAGGAGGAAGAGGAGGACCUGGAGGAAGGGGAAGAUGAAGGAUUGGAGGAGGGAGAGGAGCAGCUGGACUUAGCAGGCGACUCAGAGGAGGAACAUGUGGAAUUUGAGGACGAGGAUCUGGGUGAAAAAGUGGAUGGAGAAAAAGGAGCUGAUGAGACUGAAAAGGCGGAGCAGGGCAAUGAGAUGGGGGCAGAGUUCAAGGAAGAGGGGAGAGGCCUGGAAGAAGGAUUACUCCAGAUGAAGCUUCCUGAGUCUGUUAAACUGCAGAUGUGUAACCUCCUGCAGUAUUUCUGCGACUGCGAGCUGCGCCACAGGGUCGAGGCCAUCAUCGCCUUUUCUGACAAGUUUGUGAACCAGGUGCAGGACAACCAGCGGCUGCGCUACAAUGAGCUCAUGCAGGCAUUCACCAUGUCAGCCGCCGAGACGGCCCGCAAGACCCGUGAGUUCCGCUCUCCCCCACAGGAGCAGAUUAAUAUGCUCCUGAACUUCAAGAAUUUUUCAGAAGAGGAAGAGAGUCCUGUCCCUGAGGAAGUCCGGGAAUCCCUGCAGAUGUUUCAUAAUGACCUUCUGGCUCACUGUGGUGUCCACAUUGAGGAGGAGGAGGAAGAGGAGGAGGUAGACACAUCUCUUCGAGGACGACUCCUCAGCUUGGUGGAGAAGAUCAAGAAAUUUCGUGGCAAGAAGAAGGAAGAAGAACCAGAACCUGAAGAAGAAAGCAAACCCAGCACUCUGCAAGAGCUCAUCUCCCACACCAUGAUUCACUGGGCCCAGGAGUCAUUCAUCCAGAAUCCGGAACUGGUGCGGCUCAUGUUCAGCCUGCUGCACCGACAGUACGACGCCUUGGGGGAGCUCAUCCGCGCUCUGCCCAAGGCCUACACCAUCAAUGCCGUGUCCGUGCAGGACACCAUGGAACUGCUCGAGUGUUUAGGCCAGAUCCGCUCACUGCUUAUUGUCCAGAUGGGGCCUGAGGAAGAGAGGCUCAUGAUUCAGAGCAUCGGAAACAUCAUGAGCAACAAGGUCUUCUACCAGCAUCCCAACCUAAUGCGUGCUCUGGGAAUGCAUGAGACUGUCAUGGAGGUCAUGGUGAAUGUGCUGGGGGGUGGAGAUUCCAAGGAAAUUAGAUUUCCACGGGUGGUGACCAAUUGCUGCCGUUUCCUCUGCUAUUUUUGCCGAAUCAGUAGGCAGAACCAGCGGUCCAUGUUUGACCAUCUUUCCUACCUGCUUCAGAACAGUGGCAUUGGUCUCGGAAUGAGAGGGUCGACUCCUCUUGAUGUAGCUGCAGCUUCUUGCAUUGACAAUAAUGAACUUGCCCUGGCUCUGCAGGAACAGGACCUGGAGAAGGUGGUGAAGUACCUUGCAGGUUGUGGGCUGCAAAGCUGCCCCAUGCUCCUUUCUAAAGGCUACCCUGAUAUUGGCUGGAACCCCUGUGGUGGCGAGAGAUACCUUGACUUCCUCCGGUUUGCUGUCUUUGUCAAUGGGGAAAGCGUGGAGGAAAAUGCCAAUGUGGUUGUACGUCUCCUGAUUCGGAGGCCUGAAUGCUUUGGCCCAGCCUUGAGAGGGGAAGGUGGUAAUGGCUUGCUGGCUGCCAUUGAGGAGGCCAUUAAAAUCUCAGAAGAUCCAGCUAGGGAUGGACCUACUGUUAAGAAAGAUAGACGCUUCCCCAUGUUUGCUGGUGAGGAACAACAAGAGGAGAACAGGGUGCAUCUUGGGAAUGCCAUCAUGUCUUUCUACGCUGCCCUCAUCGAUCUGUUGGGUCGUUGUGCUCCGGAGAUGCACCUAAUCCAGGCUGGCAAGGGUGAGGCUUUGCGAAUCAGGGCCAUCCUGAGGUCACUGGUGCCUAUAGAAGACCUGGUGGGCGUUAUUAGUUUGCCUGUCCAAAUUCCCACAUUUGGGAAAGAUGGCAGCGUCAUUGAGCCGAAGAUGUCAGCCAGUUUUGUUCCUGAUCACAAGGCUCCCAUGGUGCUCUUCCUGGACAGAGUGUAUGGCAUUGACAACCAGGACUUCCUGCUGCAUGUGUUGGAAGUGGGCUUCCUGCCAGACAUGAGAGCAGCUGCCUCUCUCGACACGGCGGCGUUUAGCACCACAGAGAUGGCCCUGGCCCUAAAUCGCUACUUGUGUUUGGCCGUGUUGCCCCUGAUCACCAAAUGCGCCCCACUUUUUGCGGGCACUGACCACCGUGCAAUCAUGAUCGACUCCAUGCUGCACACCAUCUACCGGCUGUCACGUGGUCGUUCCCUCACCAAAGCCCAAAGAGAUGUCAUUGAAGAGUGCCUCAUGUCCCUUUGCAAGUACCUGCGACCUUCCAUGCUGCAGCACUUGCUGAGGAGACUGGUGUUCGAUGUGCCCAUCCUUAAUGAGUAUGCAAAGAUGCCACUUAAGCUGUUAACCAAUCACUAUGAACGCUGCUGGAAGUACUACUGCUUGCCCAACGGUUGGGCCAACUUUGGCGUCUCAUCUGAGGAGGAGCUUCAUCUCACCCGGAAACUGUUCUGGGGCAUUUUUGAGUCCCUGGCCCACAAGAAGUUUGACCCAGAGCUGUUUAAGAUAGCGAUGCCCUGUAUCUGUGCCAUUGCGGGGGCCAUUCCCCCAGACUAUGUGGAUGCCAGCUAUUCCUCCAAGACAGAGAAGAAGGCUUCUGUGGAUGCUGAGGGCAACUUUGACCCAAAGCCUGUGGAAACAACAAACACCAUCAUCCCUGAGAAACUGGACGGCUUCAUCAACAAGUAUGCGGAAUAUACUCAUGACAAGUGGGCUUUUGAAAAGAUUCAGAAUAACUGGACAUAUGGAGAGAUACUGGAUGACACUGCAAAGACUCACCCCAUGCUCAGACCAUACAAGACAUUCUCUGAGAAGGACAAAGAGAUCUACCGCUGGCCCAUAAAGGAGUCCAUCAAGGCCAUGCUAGCAUGGGAGUGGACCUUGGACAAAGCCAGAGAUGGGGACGAAGACAAGACCGAGAAGAAGAAGACCCGCAAGAUAUCGCAGACAGCACAGGCGACCUAUGACCCCAGCCAUGGCUAUAACCCCCAACCCAUUGACAUCUCUGGAAUGGCUCUGUCCAGGGAAUUACAGGCCAUGGCAGAGCAGCUGGCUGAGAAUUACCACAAUACUUGGGGCAGAAAGAAGAAGAUGGAGCUGCAGGCUAAAGGGGGUGGGACCCAUCCUUUGCUGGUUCCCUAUGACACCCUAACUGCGAAAGAGAAGGCCCGGGACCGAGAGAAGGCCCACGAGCUGCUCAAGUUCCUGCAGCUCAAUGGAUAUGCUGUCACCAGGGGGCUGAAGGACAUGGAGCUGGAUUCUUCCUCUAUUGAGAAACGCUUUGCCUAUGGCUUCCUCCAGAAGCUUCUCAAGUGGAUGGACAUUGCUCAGGAAUUCAUUGCCCAUUUAGAGGCUGUGGUGAGCAGUGGAAGAGUAGAGAAGUCACCGCAUGAACAAGAGAUAAAAUUCUUUGCCAAGAUCCUAUUGCCACUGAUAAACCAGUACUUUAAGAAUCACUGCCUGUAUUUCCUCUCCACUCCUGCCAAAGUGCUGGGCAGCGGGGGUGUCUCAUCCAAUAAAGAGAAGGAAAUGAUUGCCAGUAUCUUCUGUAAAAUGGCUGCUCUGGUGAGACACAGAGUUUUUCUCUUUGGGACUGAUGCCUCUGCAAUUGUUAACUGUCUGCACAUUCUGGCACGAUCCCUGGACGCAAGGACUGUGAUGAAGUCAGGCCCUGAGAUUGUCAAAGCUGGACUGCGUUCCUUCUUUGAGAGCGCCGCAGAUGACAUUGAGAAGAUGGUGGAAAACCUUAAACUGGGCAAGGUGUCAAACCGAACCCAGGUGAAGGGUGUCUCUCAGAACAUCAGCUACACCACUGUAGCUCUGCUCCCUGUGCUCACCUCUCUUUUCGAUCAUAUCGCCCAACACCAGUUUGGAGAUGAUGUCAUUUUGGACGAUGUGCAGAUGUCCUGCUAUCGCAUCAUGUGCAGCAUCUACUCACUGGGCUCCGUGAAGAACCCGCACGUCGAGAGACAAAGACCAGCUCUGGGGGAGUGUUUGGCCCACCUGGCAGCAGCAAUGCCUGUCGCAUUCCUGGAGCCCCAUCUCAACGAGUUCAAUGCAUUCUCCGUCUAUACCACAAAGACACCGCGAGAAAGAGCCAUCCUGGGUCUUCCCAGCCAAGUCCAAGAACUGUGUCUCGACAUCCCUGAACUGGAUGUCCUGAUGAAGGAGAUCGGGGACCUGGCAGAGUCGGGUGCCCGCUACACGGAGAUGCCCCAUGUUAUUGAGGUUACCCUACCGAUGUUGUGCAACUAUUUGCCCCGCUGGUGGGAGAGAGGCAUCGAGAAUUUUCCAGAGCAAGAGGGUCAGCUGUGUACUGAGGUCACAUCCGACCACUUGAACCAGCUUCUGGGGAGCAUCAUGAAGAUUGUGGUCAACAACCUGGGCAUUGAUGAGGCAUCCUGGAUGAAGAGACUGGCUGUUUUCUCUCAGCCCAUCGUGAGCAGGGCCAAGCCGGAAAUGCUCAAGUCUCACUUCAUCCCCACUAUGGAAAAACUCAAGAAGCGUACUGGGAAGGUCGUGGCUGAGGAGGAACACCUUCGCCUAGAGGGCAAGUCAGAGGGAAAUGAGGAGGAAGGCACCAUCCGCGAUGAGUUUGCUGUAUUAUGCAGGGACCUCUACGCCCUCUAUCCUUUACUCAUCCGAUAUAUUGACAACAACAGAGCAAGAUGGCUGACCUGCCCAGAUCCUGAUGCAGAGGAGCUUUUUAGGAUGGUGGGUGAAGUCUUCAUCUUUUGGUCUAAAUCUCAUAACUUUAAGAGAGAAGAGCAGAACUUUGUGGUGAUGAACGAGAUCAACAACAUGUCCUUUCUCACCGCUGAUAGUAAGAGCAAGAUGAGUAAGGCCGGAGGCCCUGAUGUUGAGCGUACCAAGAAAAAACGACGAGGAGACCGCUACUCUGUGCAGACUUCGCUCAUUGUGGCUGCCCUUAAGAAGAUGCUUCCCAUUGGCCUCAACAUGUGCUCCCCUGCAGACCAGGAGCUUAUCAACCUGGCCAAGAUCCGGUACUCUCUGAAAGACACUGACGAGGAAGUGAGGGAGUUCCUGCAGAAUAACUUGCACCUUCAGGGCAAGGUGGAGAACCCCUCCAUGCGCUGGCAGAUGGCUCUGUACAAAGAGAUGUCGGGGAAGGCAGAGGAUGCGGACCACCCAGAGAAAGUGGUGAAGAGAGUGCAGGAGGUGUCAGCUGUGCUGUACCACAUCGAGGUGACGGAGCACCCGUAUAAGUCCAAGAAAAUGGUGUGGCACAAGCUGUUGUCCAAACAGCGCAGGAGGGCUGUGGUGGCCUGUUUCAGAAUGACUCCACUCUACAACAUACCGCGGCACAGGGCUUCCAACAUGUUCCUCGAUGGGUACAAGCGCAACUGGAUCCAAACAGAGGGAUAUUCCUUUGAAGACCACAUGAUUGAUGAUUUGUCAAAAGCCAUGGACGAAGAGGAAGAGGAGGAAGAAGAGAAGGAAACGAAGCCCGAUCCCUUGCACCAGCUCAUCCUUCAUUUCAGCCGCACGGCUCUCACGGAGAAAAGUAAACUUGAUGAAGAUUAUCUGUACAUGGCGUAUGCCGACAUUAUGGCAAAGAGCUGCCAUAUUGGUGAGGAAGACGAAGGGGGAGAGGAGGAGGAGCAGGGGGGCAAGGAUGAGAUGUCCUUUGAGGAGAAGGAGAUGGAGAAGCAGAGGCUCCUGUACCAGCAGUCACGGCUGCACAACCGCGGAGCAGCUGAGAUGGUCCUGCAGAUGAUCAGCGCUUGCAAGGGUGUUACAGGUUCCAUGGUGUCCUCGACUCUCAAACUGGGCAUCUCCAUCCUUAAUGGUGGAAACAGUGAGGUUCAGCGGAAAAUGCUGGAGUACCUGAAGGACAAGAAGGAUGUGGGGUUCUUCCUUAGCCUCCAGGCACUAAUGCAGACCUGUUGCGUCCUGGACUUGAACGCCUUUGAGAGACAGAACAAGGCUGAGGGGCUGGGCAUGGUGUCGGAGGAGGGCACCAACAUGAAGCUAGAACGUGGCGAGAAGGUGAUGGCGGACGACGAAUUUACCUGCGAUCUUUUCCGUUUCUUGCAACUCCUCUGUGAAGGCCACAAUAAUGAUUUCCAGAACUACCUGAGGACCCAGACGGGCAGCACCACCACCAUCAACAUCAUCAUUUGCACUGUCGACUACUUGCUGCGGCUCCAGGAGUCCAUCAGUGAUUUCUACUGGUAUUACUCUGGUAAAGAGAUCAUUGAUGAGCCUGGGAAGAGGAACUUCUCCAAAGCCAUGACGGUGGCCAAGCAGGUCUUCAACAGCUUGACAGAGUACAUCCAGGGCCCCUGUACGGGCAAUCAGCAGUCUCUAGCUCACAGUCGCCUCUGGGAUGCCAUUGUGGGCUUCCUUCACGUCUUCGCUCACAUGAUGAUGAAGCUGGCACAGGAUUCCACUCAGAUUGGGCUCCUGAAGGAGUUACUAGACCUUCAGAAAGACAUGGUUGUCAUGCUGCUGUCUCUAUUGGAGGGUAAUGUUGUGAAUGGUACAAUCGCCCGGCAGAUGGUGGACAUGUUAGUGGAAUCGUCCAGCAAUGUAGAGAUAAUUCUCAAGUUCUUUGACAUGUUCCUCAAGCUGAAGGACAUCGUGGCCUCCGAUGCCUUCCGUGACUACGUCACUGACCCCCGGGGGCUGAUCUCAAAAAAGGAUUUCCAGAAGGCCAUGGACAGCCAAAAGCAGUACUCGCCCUCAGAGAUCCAGUUUCUGUUGUCCUGCUCAGAGGCUGACGAGAAUGAAAUGAUAAACUAUGAGGAGUUUGCCAGCCGCUUCCAGGAACCUGCCAAAGAUAUUGGCUUCAACAUUGCUGUGCUGCUGACGAACCUGUCCGAACAUGUCCCCCACGACACUAGGCUGCAGAAUUUCCUGGAGCAAGCUGAGAGUGUUCUCAACUACUUCCGACCCUUUCUUGGUAGAAUUGAGAUCAUGGGCGCCAGCCGGAAGAUCGAGCGCAUCUACUUUGAGAUCAGCGAGGUGAACCGCACGCAGUGGGAAAUGCCCCAGGUGAAGGAAUCCAAGCGGCAGUUCAUCUUUGACGUAGUCAAUGAGGGCGGUGAGUCUGAAAAGAUGGAGCUCUUUGUCAAUUUCUGUGAGGACACCAUCUUUGAGAUGAAUAUUGCCUCCCAGAUCUCAGAGCAAGCAGAGGAGGAGAAGGAGGAGGAUGAUGGGGAGGCUUGUGAGGGUGGAGGAGAAGGUGACGCUGGUGAUGAAGAUCCCAACGGAGGAGAAAGCCAGCCGGAGUCCAGCUCAGCCUUUGCAGAUUUCCUCAGCAGUACCAUGAACUUUCUUAGCAUGUUCACGUUCCGCAACCUCCGCCGUCGCUACCGCCGUGUCAGAAGGAUGACCCUGAAGGAGAUGGUGGUGGGACUUGCCACCUUCUUCUGGACCAUCCUCAUGGGCAUCCUGCAUUUCAUAUACAGCAUCUGCAAGGGCUUCUUCCUGCUAAUCUGGCAAACACUGUUUGGGGGUGGGCUGGUUGAGGGAGCCAAGAACAUCACGAUGACGGAGAUCCUGGCCAGCAUGCCAGACCCCACCCAGGACGAGGUGCACGGAGAUUUACCUGGAGAGCCAGGGACUGGGGAGGAACAAGAGACUGGAGGGGCUACUGAUCUCAUGGACACUGGAGGGGGAGAGGAAGAAGAAGAGGACAGCCAGGAUAAGGAGGGAGGGAGAGUCCCUGGCAUUGAUUCUCCUGGUGGAUUGGGGGACAUGGGAGAGACUGCUGCUGUGGAACCCCCCACUCCAGAGGGAACUCCCUUAGCCAAGCGCAAAAUGCCUUCUGAAGAGGCUGACUCUGCACCUCCUGCAGUUGAGGAACCACCACCAGCAGCCGAGAAAGCAGAUACUGAGAAUGGUGAGAAGGUGGAAAAGGAAGCAGAAGCCAAAGCAGAUGUGAGUCGAGAGGAGCCCAAGGUGAAAAAACCAAAGAAAGCCAAGAAAGAAAAGAAGCCACCCAAGGAGGGAGGCUUUGAAGUGUGGAAUGAGCUUGACGUUCAGAGGAACAAGUUUAUGAACUGUCUGUCCCGUAACUUCUACAACCUGCGCUUCCUGGCUCUCUUCCUUGCCUUUGCCCUCAACUUCAUCCUGCUUUUCUACAAGGUCUCGGACACCCCGCCUAGUGACGAGUUUGAAGGUUCAGGUGUGUUGGAAACAUCAGGAGUGUUUGAAGGCUCAGGACAAGAACAAGAAGGAUCAGGUCUCAAGGACAGCGGAGGUGAAGAGGAUGACGAAGAGGGGCCUGUGUACUACUUCCUGGAAGAGAGCACUGGAUACAUGCAGCCCACCCUGGCCUCCCUUGCCAUCAUCCACACGAUCAUCUCCUUCCUCUGCAUCAUUGGCUACUACUGUCUUAAGAUUCCCUUGGUUAUCUUCAAAAGAGAGAAGGAGUUGGCCCGUAAACUGGAAUUUGCCGGCCUGUACAUCACUGAGCAGCCUGAGGAUGAUGACAUCAAGGGACAGUGGGACAGACUGGUCCUCAACACACCCUCUUUCCCAAGCAACUACUGGGACAAAUUUGUGAAGAGAAAGGUGCUGGAUAAGUAUGGCGAUAUCUACGGCAGGGAGAGGAUUGCUGAGCUGCUUGGCAUGGACCUGGCCUCACUGGACGUUAGUAGCCAGCAGCAUGAGAGGAAGCCCGAGCCAGACAACUCCAUGUUCACCUGGAUCACCUCCAUUGACAUCAAGUACCAGAUCUGGAAAUUUGGGGUGGUGUUCACUGAUAGUACGUUCCUCUACUUGGUGUGGUACACAGUGAUGUCCUUCCUAGGACAUUACAAUAACUUCUUCUUUGCCUGUCAUCUGCUGGACAUCGCAAUGGGUGUCAAGACCCUGCGCACCAUCCUGUCUUCUGUCACUCACAAUGGGAAGCAGCUCAUGAUGACGGUGGGCUUGCUGGCGGUGGUGGUGUACCUCUACACUGUGGUGGCCUUCAACUUCUUCCGCAAAUUUUACAACAAAAGUGAGGAUGAAGACGAGCCGGAUAUGAAGUGCGAUGACAUGAUGACUUGCUACCUCUUCCACAUGUAUGUGGGCGUGCGUGCCGGCGGGGGUAUAGGAGACGAGAUCGAAGAUCCUGCAGGGGAUGAGUAUGAGCUCUACCGAGUGGUCUUUGACAUCACAUUCUUCUUCUUUGUCAUCGUCAUCCUGCUGGCCAUCAUCCAGGGUCUCAUCAUCGAUGCCUUUGGAGAGUUGAGGGACCAGCAGGAGCAGGUCAAGGAAGACAUGGAGACCAAAUGCUUCAUCUGUGGCAUUGGCAGCGACUAUUUUGACACAACUCCACAUGGCUUUGAAACUCACACCUUGGAAGAGCACAACCUGGCCAACUACAUGUUCUUCUUGAUGUAUUUAGUAAAUAAAGAUGAAACGGAGCAUACAGGGCAGGAGUCCUACGUGUGGAAGAUGUACCAAGAGCGAUGCUGGGACUUCUUCCCUGCCGGAGACUGUUUCCGAAAGCAGUACGAGGACCAGCUGGGAUGA